AUGGUGCUCAAGCUUUCCUUUGCAUGUUGGGACUACGAUCGCAUGAAAGCUAUUGAAGAUGGCAGAGUCCGACCAGAGGGCAUUGAACUCACUUUUCUAAACUACCGGGUCGAAGAAACCUUCUUCCGCCAACUUCGGUUCCACGAAUUCGACCUUUCCGAGCUGUCCCUGUCUUCCUAUGUUCUCACCUUAAACCAGGACAAUCCGCCCUUUAUCGCGCUGCCGGUUUUCCCUUCCCGUUUCUUCCGCCACCAGUCCAUGUACAUCAACUCCAAAGCCGGCAUUAAAAGUCCCCAGGACCUGCGAGGCAAACGAAUCGGCACCCCGGAGUACCAAAUGACCGCAGCGGUCUGGCAACGGGGCAUCCUAGCCGAAGACUUUGGCGUCCCCCUGUCGAGCGUCCACUUCUACACCGGUGCCAUCGAACCUUCGGACAAGCCCCGGCAUUCAAAAGUCUCGCACAGCUACCCAGCUGACAUCAACGUGACCAAGAUCCAGCCCGGGCAGAACCUCUCGCAAAUGCUGGCUGAUGGCGAGCUUGACGCCAUUUUUAGCGCGACGAAACCCUCCUCGUUUGACACGUCCCCUGAAACGGUAACCCGAUUGUUUGACGAUUUCAAGGCCGUGGAAGCCGAGUACUACGCUCGCACCAAGAUCUUUCCAAUCAUGCACGUCGUGGCGCUGAAACGCAGCGUGUAUGACGCCAACCCGUGGAUCGCGAAGAGUCUGACCAAGGCAUUUGCCAAAAGUCUGGAGAUGGCGUAUGAGCCAUUGAAAGAGCGAGCGGCGUUGCGGUACAUUCUGCCGUGGUUGGAGGACCACGUCGAGGAGACGAGGAAGCUGAUGGGUGGCGAGGAUCGCUGGUGGAAGGACGGCUUCGAAGCGAAUAAACACGUGUUGGAGAAGUUCCUGCAGUAUUCCUUUGACCAGGGAUUAGCCAAGAGAAGGUUCAAACCCGAGGAGUUAUUCGCCCCGAGUACACUGGAGGACUUUGUGCUGUAA